UGAACGAGCGCGCCCUCUAGCGGUCGAUCACGCCACUUUAGAGUGCGACAUUUCCCUCUUGUGCGACUGCGCAUUGCUCCGUGCUCGUCCCCCCACUGGUUUCCUUCUCUGUCGUCCAUCCAUCUUCCGCUCCUGCCUGCCAACAGUGAGGAAGAUGCUGAUCGGACGAGCGACAAUGACAGAAUCGCUUUUCCAUGGACUCAUCGUUUGACCUCGUAGAACUCCGUGAACUACCAAACAUUGAGAAGGCUAGCGACAUUGGCGGGGGCUUCCGCAACGCUUCCUACGAGCACGACCACGAACGCCACCAAGAGGCGACAGGCUUCACCACCACCUCGGGAAGCUGCAAGGAUUCGUCAGUGACAUCUGGUGCUGAUGAUGCUGAGGCGGUCCGGGGUUCCGGCGACAACUGGACUGUCCCAGACGGUGGCGGUAUUCAGCGCUCAUCCGAUACGGGCCUGGCUCUUGCCGUGGCGCUGCUGGUGAGUGGCGUGGCGCUGGUCCUGGUGGCCUACGCCGUCCCCAGGGAGGCCCGCGUGGACCGUGACGCCGUGUCGGCCCGGCAGAUGGAGCAGCUAGACCUGUACUAUGCACGGCUGGGCUCGCACCUGGACAAGUGCAUCAUCGCCGGUCUGGGGCUACUCACCCUGGGAGGGAUCUUACUCUCUCUGCUCCUCCUGGCUUUCAUGUGCCGGUGCCACGUCGUCUCGCUCUCACACUGCCGGGCGCCCUUCGUCCGGCCCAAGCGGACCUACGGCUCCGUCAACAUGAGGAUGAAGCAGCUCGCCGCUGGCGAGGACCAAUCAUCUGGGACCGAGCGGGAGGGACCUGCUUUGACGGCUGAGUGAUCCACCGACCACAGCGAUUUGGUGCUAACAAAGGAUGCCCGUCCAUUUCUACGUCCGUCCUCUGCAAGGCAAAAAUGAAGGAAAGCUGGAUGCUGGCUAUAAAGUUUUGGGAUGCAAAAAUUAAGAAAGUGCCGAAUUUAAGUCUUGGGACAACAGUUUGCUGAAAAUGGGGAGGGAAAUGUGAAGACAUUGUCAUCAUUCCUGGUCAAGUGAAGAAAUGUGGUAUGUGGCCAAAAGCAAAAAUGGCCUUUGGACAAGAAAAAGUAAAUUUGGACCAAAAUGUGGAAAAAAAUGUAGAUUUGGGGCAAAAACGUCAAAUUGGAAGAUUUUGAGCCGUUUCGACAGGGCAAGAAAUGUUGGGGGCUGUCAUCCAAAAAGAGGUUGUUCGCUGCGCCCGUUGGAUUGUUUCGAACGCCAAAGACCUGAUCCGGAACAUUUUUGUCCAUACAGCCAGUUG